AGACAUUAUAAUACCCAUGGACUUUUGAUCAUCAUCAUCACCACUAUCAUCAGAUUUUUUUUUAUACAAAAAUUGAAGAUUUUCAACCCUACCGCUCUUUCUUCCACCUCUCCUCCCCCUCUUCUCUCCUUCCUAUGAAAGUAGCCACCAAAUCCACGAUUAAUCCAAGGAGAAACAGCACGACUAAACUUUCUCUUGCCAUCUACUAUUUCUUCUCAUUUUCCAUGUAAGCAAAUCUUGCUGCUUUUUUUUUUUCCUUUUUUAUUUCGAUCUUUCGUCUUCUUUUUGAUAGAACACAACGUUGUUGGUUUGAGGGGGGAAAAUCCAUCUUUUCUACUAAAUCUGAUAUAAAUCCAUCCAUCCCAAAAUCAGAUCUUUUGGCCUAUUUUGUAUCAUUCGGUGCUUGGAAGGGGAACUUAUAGUACAUUUGCUGCAUUAUCCUUCUUUUACCUGGGUUAUCUCUGAAGUUUUCCCUCCUCAAUCUUUCCAUCCUGGGCUUUGAAUUUCUGCAUUUCCUAAAAAAUGGAGUUUCAUCUUCCUUUUGGUGCAGAAAGUGAUGACCUUGGUAAAAUCGUAAUUCUUUGAUUUUUGGAUAACUAAAAGAUGUGAGCUGCGGCAUUUUCCUAAAGGCGAAUGCCCUCAAACAUCAUCAAGCAGCAUUAACAAUCUUUGAGUAAGAAAAUGUUUAGCCCACAAGCUCAAAGGGAGAUCUCCUAUGGAUUUCCCUCUCUAAUAGCUCAAUGGAAAAACACCAUCAUUACCACUACAAGCACCACCAAAGCCACCCACAAUACCAGAAAUUCAUGGAAAACACCUUGUUUAAAUGUCAAAUUCCAAGAUCUUUAUGAUUUCGCAGUAGAGGGGAACAUUGACGAUGUUAAUGUGUUGAAUGAGGUGGGUGAGAGGGUGAGGCAGCAGGCAAAGGAAUGGUGGGCUCUCGAGGCAAGCAAGGGUGCAAAUUGGUACUUGCAACCACAGAUUUCAUCCAAUGGGGAAGGCAUCAGCGUGGCCUCCCUGAAGCUUUCAGUUCUUACGAACACGAUUUCACUUAGGAAGCUCAUAAGGAAGGGUAUACCUCCGACUCUGAGGCCCAAGGUGUGGCUCUCAGUUUCAGGUGCAGCAAAGAAAAGAUCAACUGUGCCUGAGAGCUACUAUGAGGAUCUGAUUUUGGCUACACAUGGAAAGGUCACACCGUCAACGAGACAGAUUGAUCAUGAUCUUCCUAGAACAUUUCCAACUCAUCCCUGGUUGGACACUCCAGAAGGGCAAGCAACCCUCCGACGUGUCCUUGUUGGUUAUUCUUUUCGAGAUUCUGAAGUCGGAUAUUGUCAGGGUUUGAACUAUGUGGCCGCAUUGCUGCUAUUAGUAAUGAAAACCGAAGAGGAUGCCUUUUGGAUGCUUGCUGUCCUCCUUGAAAAUGUCUUGGUGAAUGAUUGCUACACUGAUAACCUCUCUGGAUGUCAUGUUGAGCAGAGGGUGUUCAAAGAUUUGCUUGUUAAAAAAUGUCCAAGGAUUGCAGCACAUUUGGAGGCUAUGGGAUUUGAUGUAUCGCUAGUCGUUACUGAGUGGUUUUUGUGCCUUUUCUCCAAAUGUUUGCCCUCAGAGACAACCAUGCGGGUUUGGGAUGUCCUUUUCAAUGAGGGAGCAAAGGUUCUUUUCCAGGUGGCUCUAGCAAUCUUCAAGAUGAAGGAAGAGGAGUUGCUGACAGCACAUCAAAUUGGAGAUGCUAUUAACAUCCUGCAAACCGCCAGCCAUCAUCUCUAUGACCCAGAUGAAUUAUUAACGAUUGGCUCCUUGACGACCAACGCCAUAACCAAACAGAGGAAAAAGCAAGAACCAACUGUCUUGGCUGAACUCGAUCAAAGAUUGAGAAGGCUUAAUUCUGUGAAACUAAAUGAUGAACAGUGAUUAAAUAUGGAGAGAGAGAGAUUAUCUUUAAUUGGCAUGUUAUAUAUUGGUGUAAUCAGCUUUCACAAAUAUCCUAACAAUGGCAUGGUUAACAGCCAGAUUUGUAAGUUUUUUUUU